AGCUCAGGUCUUUUUUCAGCAGUGUGACUGUGAAAGCAAAGUGGGCUUGGUCAAGGGAGACCAUUUGGAAGGAAGCUCGGCCAUUGUGGGUGAGGUUGUUGCACACUGACCAGCUCCACUGAAGACAUCCACAGCCCCAGCCUUUUUUCUCCCCCCCCAAAGGACUGGAAGUAGGACAAGAAACUGCAGUUUACUCUCCGAGAUGACCUCGACCAACUCCAGUUUAUCAAACAUGAGGCGUCUUGUGGCACAGCUGAAGCUUGAGGCGAGCGUUGAAAGGAUCAAGGUGUCCCAGGCUGCUUCGGAGCUGCAGCAAUACUGUCUGCAGAACGCCGGCAAGGACGCCCUGUUGGUGGGCGUGCCCGGGGGUAGCAACCCCUUCAGGGAGCCGCGCUCCUGCGCUGUCUUAUGAGGGCACCCUCAGAGGAUUAGCAUCACAACACCCAUGCCUAACUGUACCCCUGUAAUGUAUCGGGGUUCAUAAUGUUCCCCUAGAGUUACCGUGUGGAAUGUGGAGAACUUCACAGUCAAUUUAUUUGGUUGUUGUUGUCUUAGAUAGUGUAUGGGAGAGGUGACUCCAGGUCAAUGGAUUUGGUUUUUGACGAAUCAACGCCUUUUCUUUCUACAGGUUGAUUUUUUUUUAACAUUUGUAUCAAUGUUUUUUUAUUACUUAUGCUAAACAACAACACGGAUGAAAAGAAGGAUGAUGUCACUUUUUGGUUUUUCUGCCAAACUGUCUGCGUAACUACAUCAGUGCACUUUCACUUUGUAUUUUUCUACUUUCAACCAUAAUAAAAAAAUAUCUAUUGA